CGGCAAACAAGGCCCACGCUGCAGGACCAGCUGCUAGGUUACUACAGCUGCCGCCGCUAUGAUCCCCCCUGCAGACUCUCUGCUCAAGUAUGACACUCCGGUGUUGGUGAGCCGGAACACCGAGAAACGGAGUCCCAAAGCUCGGCCACUGAAAGUCAGUCUCCAACAGCCUGGAACUUCUGGUCCAGUCCCACAGCCACCAAAGACCAAGCUCCCCUCCUCUUCCUGUAUCCCAGAUCCUACAAAGCAGGCGGAAGAAAUCUUGAAUGCCAUCCUGCCCCCAAGGGAGUGGGUGGAAGACACGCAGCUAUGGAUCCAGCAGGUGUCCAGCGCGCCCAGCACCAGGAUGGAUGUGGUGCACCUCCAGGAGCAGCUGGACCAGAAGCUGCAGCAGCGACAGGCCCGGGAGACGGGCAUCUGCCCUGUCCGCAGGGAGCUCUACUCACAGUGCUUUGACGAGCUGAUCCGGGAGGUCACCAUCAACUGUGCAGAGCGGGGGCUGCUGCUGCUGCGAGUCCGGGACGAGAUCCGCAUGACCAUCGCGGCCUACCAGACCCUGUAUGAGAGCAGCGUGGCGUUCGGCAUGAGGAAAGCGCUGCAGGCCGAGCAGGGGAAGUCAGACAUGGAGAGGAAAAUCGCAGAACUGGAAGCAGAAAAGAGAGACUUGGAGAGGCAAGUGAACGAGCAGAAGGCCAAGUGUGACGCCACGGAGAAGCGAGAGACUGAGAGGAGGCAGGUGGAGGAGAAGAAGCACAAUGAGGAGAUUCAGUUCCUGAAGCGGACAAAUCAGCAGCUGAAGGCCCAACUGGAAGGCAUUAUUGCACCAAAGAAGUGAUACUUUCCACAUGGGUCUCGGCAAACACUACUCCCCCACCCUAAGUCCUUUGUAAUAAAAAGCUAGUUUCCUGCGUGAACAGGCCAUAUCGCCCCCC